UUCGCGAGCGUGGUAGUCUACGUUACCUCAGAGGUUCGGCACACUGAUAUCAACGGAGGGAGUAAGAAGAAAGCGCUUUGCCAAACGUCCUAACAGUGAGAUCCGUUGGUCACAUUUUAGAUAAUCUAAACAGGUCCAAUCCUGCUGUGACGGUAAGGUUUGGUGGGAGCAUACAUCCAGCCAUGAGUUCAUCCGAUGAGGAGAAGUUCGAUGGCCUCAGGGUGCACUUCACCCAGACGGAGUGGGCCCGGCUGGCCAAAUGGGAGAAGGUGCGCUACAGCAACAUGAAGAGGAACCACCUGUUCAUGCUGGCCAUAGGGCUGUCCUCUCCUGCUCCUGCUUUCAUGAGGCAGGGCCGGGCCAGGAAAAAGGCGUUGGUCAGACCGCCCCCUGCUGACAGCAGCGACUCAGAGGAAGAGUGGACACCCAGUCUGGAGAGGAGGCCUCCAGCCCCUCGUGGCUUCAGAGCUCCAACCAGAGGCCCUGCGGACUCCAGAGUCGCCCCCGUAAAGCCCACCCAGCCCCCAGCUCCUGCUCUUCCAUCUCAGGUCCCUACAAAAGACUCAGACCAGAGUAGAGAGAAAGACAGAGUGGAGACUGUGGAUGGACAGGCAGGGAGAGAGACAGACCCAGCAGCAAAGACACGUGGUGUGUCAAAGAGGGAGUGGUUGAAACAGCAGAAACAGCAGUUGAACAGCUACAAGCGAGGAGGCAGUCUGCGCAACAGACCCAGAGUGAGCUACACGGAGGAAGAUGUGCCCAAAGAUGAAGAUUACCUUUACUGUGAGGACUGCGAGUCUUUCUACAUUGAAGAGUGUGGGGUCCACGGUCCCCCUCACUUCAUCCCCGACACCCAGGCUCCUGUUGGGGUCCCCGACCGAGCCAGGCUCACCCUGCCACCAGAGCUGGAGGUCAGGACAUCCAACAUCCCAAACGCAGGUCUGGGGGUGUUCAACCAGGGCCAGACGGUGCCCAAAGGUGCCCACUUUGGCCCCUAUGAGGGGGACGUGGCCGACAGGGACGAGGCCAUAGAGAGCGGAUACUCCUGGGUGAUAUACAAGAGCCACCAUUCAGAUGAGUACAUAGAUGCCAAGAGAGAGACACACUCCAACUGGAUGAGGUAUGUGAACUGCGCUCGUGACGGUGAGGAGCAGAACCUGGUGGCGUUUCAGUACAGAGGGGGCAUUAUAUACCGCUGCUGCAAACCCAUCGGCCCUGGAGAGGAGCUGCUUGUCUGGUACGGAGAGGACUACGCCAGAGACCUGGGCAUCGGCUUCGACUACCUGUGGGACAUCAAGAGCAGCGCCACAGACGUGACAGUGUCUCAGGUGUUCCCGUGCUCCCUGUGUCCGUUUGCCUACACGGCUCAGAUCUACCUCCAAAAGCACAUCAAGAGGAGCCACACGGACGAGUACACGCGACUGCUGAGGUCUGGAGAGAUCGGACCAGAGACUCUGGCACCUUCUAGAAGUAGCCGCAACCAACACACACAGAAAAACUCAACUGUGCCAUGCAGGUCAACAUCCGGUAAAGUCAUUCACCGCUCUUCAGAACAGGAAGGAGGGAAUGGCCAGAGAGGUCAUGCAUGUGCUGAGUGUGGCAAGAGCUUCACUCAAGGGAGGGAUCUCAAACGACACCAGCGCACUCACACAGGAGAGAGGCCGUACCACUGCACUCAGUGUGGCAAGAGCUUUACUCGAGAGGAUACUCUCAAACUACACCAGCGAACUCACACAGGAGAGAGGCCGUACCACUGCACUCAGUGUGGCAAGAGCUUCACUCAAGGGAGGGCUCUUAAACUACACCAGCGCACUCACACAGGAGAGAGGCCGUACCACUGCACUCAGUGUGGCAAGAGCUUUACUCGAGAGGAUACUCUCAAACUACACCAGCGAACUCACACAGGAGAGAGGCCGUACCACUGCACUCAGUGUGGCAAGAGCUUCACUCAAGGGAGGGCUCUUAAACUACACCAGCGCACUCACACAGGAGAGAGGCCGUACCACUGCACUCAGUGUGGCAAGAGCUUCACUCAAGAGGCACAUCUCAAACUACACCAGCGCACUCACACAGGAGAGAGGCCGUACCACUGCACUCAGUGUGGCAAGAGCUUCACUCAAGAGGCACAUCUCAAACUACACCAGCGCACUCACACAGGAGAGAGGCCGUACCACUGCACUCAGUGUGGCAAGAGCUUCACUCAAGAGGCACAUCUCAAACUACACCAGCGCACUCACACAGGAGAGAGGCCGUACCACUGCACUCAGUGUGGCAAGAGCUUCACUCUAGAGGGAAAUCUCAAACGACACCAGCGCACUCACACAGGAGAGAGGCCGUACCACUGCACUCAGUGUGGCAAGAGCUUCACUCUAGAGGGAAAUCUCAAACUACACCAGCGCACUCACACAGGAGAAGAGAGGCCGCACCACUGCACUCAGUGUGGCAAGAGCUUCACUCUAGAGGGAAAUCUCAAACUACACCAGCGCACUCACACAGGAGAGAGGCCGUACCACUGCACUCAGAGUGGCAAGAGCUUCACUCGAUCAGAUCAUUUAAAGACACACCAGUGCACUCACAUGAAAGAACCCUAACUAUGGUUUUGGUGAAACAACAAUUUAAUCUAAUUUCCAGAAA